UCAUCACCGGCGGUGAACAGUCCAGCAAAUAUGGCAGCCGCCGUGAGGAAGGCAGCUCACGACAUCGAAACGCGAAAGCGGACCGACGAUGUGCUUCUGUCGGAGGGGAUCGACUUCGGCUCCCUGCUGCUGUCUCCGGCGGUGCUGGACGGACUGUCCGCCGCGGGCUUCCAGAAACCUUCCCCGAUCCAGCUGAAGGCGAUCCCGCUGGGCCGCUGUGGACUCGAUUUGAUUGUACAGGCCAAGUCUGGCACUGGAAAGACAUGCGUGUUCUGCACUAUAGCCCUCGACUCUCUGGUCCUGGAGAAUCCUGCGACUCAGGUUCUGGUGUUGGCUCCUACACGUGAGAUAGCAGUGCAGAUCCACUCAGUAGUGAUGGCCAUAGGCUGUGCCAUGGAGGGCCUGGAGUGCCAUGUUUUCAUUGGCGGCAGGCCCGUGAGCCAAGACAAAGUCCAUCUGAAGAAGUGUCACAUAGCCGUGGGCUCACCUGGUCGCAUCAAGCAGCUGAUUGAGUUGGGCAUGUUGUCAACCUCCAGCGUCAGACUGUUUGUUCUGGAUGAGGCGGACAAGCUGCUGGAGGAGGGCAGCUUCCAGGAGCAGAUAAACUGGAUCUUCUCCUCGCUCCCUGUGAACAAACAGAUGCUGGCACUCUCUGCCACCUACCCAGAAUCCCUGGCUCAGCACCUGACCCGCUACAUGAGAGAACCCACCUUUGUUAGACUCAAUCCCAAUGAAAUGGGCCUGAAAGGUCUGAAGCAGUAUUACAAGCUGGUGCAGUCCCAUCCGUUAGCUCACAAGGUUUUUCAGGAGAAGGUGCAGCACUUAUUAGAGCUGUUCAGUAAAAUCCCAUUCAACCAAGCUCUGGUAUUUUCCAAUUUACACACAAGGGCUCAGCACCUGGCUGACAUCCUGUCCUCCAAAGGCUUACCUGCUGUUUGUAUCUCAGGUGGCCUGAGUCAGGACCAGAGACUGGAGGCGAUGUCCAAACUGAAGCAGUACCAAUGCAGAGUGUUAAUCUCCACUGAUCUGACUUCCAGGGGUAUAGAUGCAGAGAAAGUCAACUUGGUGAUAAACCUGGACGUGCCGCAGGAUUGGGAAACCUACAUGCACAGAAUUGGACGGGCCGGGCGUUUUGGCACUCAGGGGCUGGCUGUGACCUACUGUUGCCAUGGAGAGGAGGAGAAUAAGAUGAUGGCCAUCGCUCAAAAAUGUGACCUUACUUUGUCUGCGCUGCCAUCCACCAUGGAGCCCGGGUUGAUGGAUGAGCCAUGUGACUGGGAUGUCUGCACUGAAGCCUCCACUUCAGGCGACGUAUCCCAGCUGUUCUCCAGAACAGAGAAGAAGAGGCGCACAAAGACCGAAGCCUCGCAGUCUCACUCUGUCGGGCAUCAAGCUGUAGAGCACAGCAGUCAAAGAAAACCAGAAAAGACCCAACCAGCACGGAGACAAGGAGCACACGGUGAAGAGAAUCGCAGAAAGAUAUCUUCAGCAGAGGACGCUUUGCCGCAGAGUCCUCCUCAAGCGACGCCGACUCGAAAAGAGCUGCAAGACGCUCUGCCGAAGAUCCCUCCUCUCAGCUCGUUCAAGAAUCAAAGAUCAAAGUUUAUGACUUUUGAGGAGGCUGAGCGGGACUUCCAUAGCUUCAUCACCACAGGGUUGGGGAGGUCAGUGGAGAUCAUCAGGGAGUUCAGAGGCCGAGAGGAUGGAGGCCCCAGUGAUCAGAACGAGCAUCGGGAAUCUUUCAUUCUUAAUGAUGACAGAGCCCUAAAGGUAGCGCAGAAUGGUGAACGAUGGAAAUCUAACUCAUCAUCUCAAAGGUUGAUUUCCAGUUCUUCUAGCUCUGAUAUGGAGGAGAACCAGGAUGAAGUGACAACAGGAAGCUCAAAUCAGACUGAUGGAGCUGAAUACAGGGCCAAGCCUCAGACUGGAGCUGGACAUGCAGCCAAACCAAAGGCAGAUCCCACUAGGUCCAAAGCUUCUGCUUCUUCUGAACUCAGAACAUAUGCUCAGAUACCCACAAGUGGGAGAGCUUCGUCUCAUCCUGAGAGCAGGGAAUCCGUACCGAGCAUUAAAUCAAGCUGGCGAACCAACCAGACAGCCCCAGCAGAGUCUCGCAGAGUUGAAUCGCAAAAGGCGAAAAAACAGAUUGGAAAACGGAGCAGAAAGCUCUCAGAAAAGAUGAAAAGAGAACUAAAGAGAGGAUGGGAUGCAGAAGAUUGCAUUGACAUGGAGGAAGAGGAGUGGAGCGCAGAAACGUACUGGAGAGCCUGCUACCGAGCCUGGAAUGAUUACUACACCUGCAUGUCCCCUUUUCAAGAGCAGGGUUACCAAAGCUACUACAGCGCAGCGCACAACUGGAUGGCAGCUUAUCGUAUGAACACCGUCUACGUGGAAGAACUCCUGAAGUUUCCAUUAAGCACUUCUAAUCAUGCUGUUUCCCAGUGAGAAACAUAUUCACCAAAGCAGAAUCUUUGUCUGAAUGCGCCUUCAUGUAACACAUUGCACUUGAAAUUUUGUGUAAUUUCAAGUGAAGUCUUGUCAUAUAGUCUCAAUUACUUCUCUAAUAAAUUACCUGGCCAAGUA